GCCAUAUAAAACAAAACAUCAAUCUGUCAAACUGAUCAGAGCAAAACAGCUCUUCGUAGUGUAUUGUAAUUUUUUUGCAAUCUUAAAAUUCCUUUGAAAAAUCACCGGCAAUGAAGAAAAUAUCGUUAAAAUGUGUCUUCAAUAUGUUAGCUGCAAACUCGAGCUUUUGCCGAAAUUACAGUUAUAAAGCAGUUCGCCGUCCAGAUAGUACAAUUUUAACUCGCAAACUGACUGCGCCACAGGUGGAAGCAAAGCCGGAUGAACCUCAAGUACAAAAUGAUUUAACGAAGCAUUUGAAGGCGAAAAUAUUGGCAGUUGGGCCCAUAACAGUUGCAGAUUACAUGCGUGAGGUGCUUACCAAUCCACUUAGCGGCUACUACAUGCACCGUGAUGUAUUUGGGCGCGAAGGAGACUUUAUCACAUCACCAGAAAUUUGCCAAAUUUUUGGCGAGCUAGUGGCUAUUUGGGUUGUAAGUGAGUGGCGUAAAUUGGGUAGUCCGACGCCUUUUCAAAUUGUUGAAUUGGGGCCCGGUCGGGGCACAUUAUCACGCGAUGUAUUUAAAGUGUUGACACAACUAAAAAUCGCUGGUCAAUUUUCCUUUCAUAUGGUAGAAAUAAGUCCCCAUUUGAGUAAAAUACAAGCCCAGCGUCUGUGUUUCAGUACCGAGACGGUGACAGACGAUAGUUCGCCUCACUAUCAGACUGGCAAGACGGCGACUGGUACACGCGUAUACUGGCACAAGCGGCUAGAAGAUGUACCGCGAGCGUUCUCAAUAGUGUUGGCACAUGAAUUCUUUGAUGCUUUGCCGGUGCAUAAACUGCAACGUGAUGGAGAAGUGUGGAAAGAAGUCUUAAUUGAUAUAAACGGCAAUGACAGCGCCGAGACCGCUGAUCAAUUGGCUUUUCGUUAUAUAAUUUCGAAGGCACCGACGCCGAUAUCACAUUUGUACCAGCCAAUUAUAGGCGAGACACGCGAUUGUCUAGAGUACUCUAUAGAUACAGAUCGCAUUGUUAGUAUGCUGGCGGAACGGAUUGAAAGCGACGGUGGUAUUGGCUUGAUAAUGGAUUACGGCCAUUUUGGUGAAAAAGGUGAUACAUUCAGAGCUUUUAAAAAACAUCAACUUCAUGAGCCAUUGCUGGCGCCAGGUACUGCUGACCUCACAGCAGAUGUUGACUUUAGGCAAAUAAAGCGGAUAUCAGAGGAACACGGGAAAGUUCUUUGCUUCGGUCCUGUUGAUCAAGGCAGCUUUUUGAAGAAAAUGGAAGGCGAUGCUCGUUUAGAGAAACUACUUACGAGUGCUUUGCCAGAAAAUCUUGAAAUUAUCAGGAGUGGCUAUAAAAUGCUAACAGAUCCUACGCAGAUGGGCAAACGCUUCAAAUUCUUUUCGAUGUUUCCAGCCGUGUUGAGAGAUCACCUUGAUAAGUUUCCUGUCAGUGGUUUUCAUUAAUAGUUCCUUGAAUUUUAUUGGAUUGUUAUUUAAUAGGUACAUGAUUUUAAAUAUUUAUUGUUAAAAAAUUUACACUGUUACACAAAUAUAAUUAAUCCUGCAUAUAAUCAA